UUCCCCGCGAUCAGCUGAUCCCGGCUGACAACGAGGGGAGCGGGUGGAGGGGGCGCGGGUCUUGCCCUGCCCAGCCCUCUCGGGCGCCUCGCCUGCAUGGUCGGGUCGCCGCCCCGGCCCCUGGGGGAGGCGAACCGGGACUCCCCCCCCGGGAUCGGAGCGGGCCGUGGGGAGGAGGAGGAGGAAGCGGCGACCGGCACCCGACUCCUUAGUCACCGGGUGCCGGCGGGAGGAAGUGGAAGAAGGGUGGCCGUCGGCUUGUAAACAAUAGCCCGUCUGCUUGCGCCCCGUGCCGCGCUGCCUUUGUUCCCGCCCUCGCCGCAGCUCCCUGACCGCUCUCGACGCUUGGCAGCAGGAAGCUGAGGGGUUCCCCCUUUUUCCCCGGCUGCUCUUUAGAGCUAGACGGCGCCGCGCAGGACGCAGCCCCCAGCUGCCUCCCUCCGGUCCCAGCUUCAGGGAAAGACUUGCACUGUCUGCUGAAAUACGCCAAACUAGGGGGGUUUCUCACCGCUGGAAACUACGUUACACAGCCAAGCAGAAGCAGAAUGCCUAUCAGCGUUUGGGUAUAACCCGACACGAAAUCAGACGCAUUGCUUAAGCGUAUUUUGGAGAAACAAAACUUUACCUGUACUUAACCAGUCUUUCCUUGGGAGGCAGGUCUGUGUAUGAAUCUUGCAGAAAUAUUUAUUUAACUAUUUAAAAUUAAGUACAGACAGCAUUCCUGUUGUGUUUCUUUCCCUUGUGAAGAUACUGAAUUUGCAGCUGACUUUAACACAUAUGAUACUUCAAAACAAACAGGAGGGAAGACCAUUGCUUUAAGGAAAUCUAAAGAUGAGUGCCCAUACACAAACUGCAGAGAAAGGACAGAACACAACACUCCUGUGCCAGGAAAGCUAUGUUUGCAGUGGGACAGAUGAAGCAAUCUUUGAGUGUGAUGAGUGCAGGAGCCUACAGUGCCAGCGUUGUGAAGAGGAGUUGCACCAGCCUGAAAGGUUACGGAACCAUGAACGGACCCGUAUACGACCUGGCCAUGUCCCGUACUGUGACUCCUGCAAAGGUGCCAAUGGGAACAUAAUGCAUGCCAGCAUGACGGGCUCCAGGCAGAUAGCAGCAGUGAGGUGCCAGGUGUGCAAAAUCAACCUCUGUGUGGAGUGUCAAAAGAGAACACACUCUGGGGGGAACAGAAGGAAGCACCCUGUCACUGUGUACCAUGCUGGCAAAGCCCAAGAGCAGGAAGAGGAGGAGGGGAUGGAUGAGGAGACCAGGAGAAGGAAAAUGACAGAGAAAGUUGUGAGUUUCCUCUUAGUGGAUGAAACUGAGGAGAUUCAGGUAAAGAAUGAAGAGGAAUUUAUUAAGAAACUGGAUUGCAGUCCUGAACAGCAUCUAAAGGUAGUGUCCAUCUUUGGGAACACUGGAGAUGGCAAAUCUCACACCCUUAACCACACUUUCUUCUACGGCCGGGAAGUCUUCAAGACCUCUCCAGCCCAAGAGUCUUGCACAGUUGGAGUCUGGGCAGCCUAUGAUCCGGUGCGCAAAGUGGUGGUAAUUGAUACAGAGGGGCUGCUGGGGGCCACUGUGAACCUCAGCCAGAGAACACGGCUGCUGCUGAAAGUUCUGGCCAUCUCUGACCUCGUCAUCUACCGUACUCGUGCUGACAGGCUCCACAAUGAUCUCUUCAAAUUUCUCGGCGAUGCCUCCGAGGCUUAUUUAAAACAUUUCACCAAGGAGCUGAAAGCUACCACUGCCCGCUGUGGCCUAGAUGUUCCUCUGUCAACUUUGGGUCCAGGUGUCAUCAUCUUUCAUGAGACUGUGUACACCAAGCUACUGGGCUCUGAUCAUCCUUCUGAGGUUCCUGAGAAGCUCAUUCAGGAUCGGUUUCGGAAGCUAAGCUGUUUUCCUGAGGCUUUCAGCUCAAUCCACUACAAGGGAACAAGGACAUACAAUCCUCCAACAGAUUUCUCUGGACUUAGAAGAGCUGUGGAACAGCAGCUGGAGAACAAUACCACUCGAUCACCUAGACAGCCUGGGGUUAUUUACAAAGCACUAAAAGCUCUAAGUGACCGAUUCAGUGGGGAGAUCCCUGAUGACCAGAUGGCUCACAGCUCUUUCUUUCCAGAUGAAUACUUCACAUGCUCCUGUGUGUGCCUCAGCUGUGGGUGUGGCUGUAAGAAGAGCAUGAACCAUGCAAAGGAAGGAGUCCCUCAUGAAUCCAAAAGUCGAUGCAGAUAUUCUCACCAAUAUGAUAAUAGAGUCUACACUUGCAAGGCCUGUUAUGAACGAGGGAUGGAGGUCAGUGUGGUGCCAAAAACCUCUGCUUCCACUGACUCCCCUUGGCUGGGCCUUGCCAAAUACGCCUGGUCAGGAUAUGUGAUUGAGUGCCCAAACUGUGGAGUGGUGUACCGCAGCCGGCAGUACUGGUUCGGCAACCAAGAUCCUGUGAACACUGUAGUGAGGACAGAAAUUGAGCAUGUCUGGCCAGGGACUGAUGGAUUUCUGAAGGACAACAACAAUGCAGCCCAGCGUUUGUUGGAUGGGAUGAAUUUCAUGGCACAAUCAGUAUCUGAACUUAGCCUGGGACCCACAAAAGCUGUGACCUCCUGGUUGACAGACCAGAUCGCCCCAGCUUAUUGGAGGCCCAACUCUCAGAUUCUGAGUUGUAAUAAGUGCAAUACACCUUUUAAAGAUAAUGACACUAAGCAUCACUGCCGGGCCUGUGGAGAGGGCUUCUGCGAUGGCUGUUCUUCCAAGACCCGUCCAGUGCCUGAGAGAGGCUGGGGACCAGCACCAGUGCGUGUGUGUGACAACUGCUAUGACAACAGGGGCAUCCAGUUAGAUGUGGCCGAGCUGCCUUCAGAUGAAGAAGGGGGUACACUCAUUGCUAGGAAGGUGGGGGAAGCUGUGCAAAACACCCUUGGAGCAGUGGUGACAGCCAUGGACAUUCCCUUAGGUCUGGUAAAAGAUGCAGCCCGACCUGCAUACUGGGUACCAGACCAUGAAAUCCUGCACUGCCACAACUGCCGGAAGGAAUUCAGUAUCAAACUCUCCAAGCACCACUGUCGGGCCUGCGGCCAGGGAUUCUGUGACGAGUGCUCGCAUGACCGCAGAGCAGUUCCCUCUCGUGGAUGGGAUCACCCAGUCCGGGUUUGCUUUAACUGCAAUAAAAAGCCUGGUGACCUUUAACCCCAGGCCUUUCUCCAGAUCUUUGCAAUUCCUUAUUGUCUCAGGGUUACAAAUGAAACAAAUCUGGUCUCCCUUUCACCUCCUAACCUGUUGUGGCCAGAGUGCAUGGUUCUGGUUUCUGGCCUCCUCUUGUGUUACAUCCAUCUUGAAAUGCUGGGAAUGAGUUUAUGUUCAGCCUCUAGGUUUUAAUUUCAAAGUAACUGGGGAAGAGAGGGAGCUCCCUUGUAAACGAGCAACCCAAACCCCAGUGUAUUUUAUUCCAAUUAAAAAAAAUUAUAUAUCUCUCAGUAUAUUAAUCUAUGUAUAAUUUAGUAUAUUCAGAAUACGGUUGGCUAAUGCAGCUUUGAGUAUUCCUGGUUCAAAUGAUGGAUGGUGUUGUUCCUUACUAUGCUGAUCAGGUACACGGCCUUCUGAAUCUUGUUUUGGAACAUCUUGCUGAUCAUGAUGUCUUGUGAGGAAGGUUUGGAAUCUGUGCUGCCAGGGAAUCUCCAGUGUUGAUGUGUGAAUUAAUACCCAUUAAUUCAACCAGCUCUGCAUCUGGAGGUGCUGUACUUCUGGCCAUGGAAGAUUUAAACCCAGGUUCAUAAUCAAGUUUGUUUGAACUGUGGUAUGAGCAGUGAUCUUGCAGUGCAAGAAGUAUCAAGUUGAAGUAGAUCAUGUUCAGAGAGACCAGUAGAGCUCUGAAAGGUAAAGCGAUUCAUAUAUUAGAAGGCAAAGCAUUCUGAUUUUGCCAUUUGAACUUCAAUACCAGAUCAAAAGAUAGCAGGGUCUUGCUCUCCCUGACUAUGUUCUCAUGUACUCAGGUUUUCUUCAAGUUCCUCUGCCAGCUUGUUAGAGGUAAAAGCUUUGUCCAGAGCAGAACAAGAGAACAAGUUACAUAGGCGAUUCUGAAGUAUGAAGUUUGCGUUGUUUGGGUUGUGAUGACUUUUCUUGCCUCCCACUUCAAGUGGUCACAGAGUCUCUGGAGCCUCUGUGUUCUCAGAAGUGGUUGCAUAGAAACUGCACAGAUUUGACUUAUCCUUUUUCUAACAAUACGAACUUAUGAAUCCACCUGGAAAAUGGGAACCUUUCUUCUUUGCUCCUAGCAACUGGCACUCACUGGACUUCAUUCUUUAAUAAAAGGACUGCAAUGAAUUCACUGAUUCUUAUUAUCAAAAGCACCACUUAACCUAACUAAUACUGUCUUGUACUGUGGAUUUGUGGUUCCAUUUAUAAGAAGUAAGUGACCAUUGUGGAUUAAACUGCCUAAAAUUCUCCCUUCUUGGCUUACAUAGAAAAGAAUUCUUCUACCACAAGAGUUGUCUCCUCUUGGAGUGGCUGGAGUUUGAUGCAAUAUCCUGGAACUGUGGUAUUUUUCCCCCCAGCUUAUUAAAUGUGCUCUUGUGUAAAUGAGUGCUCAAGACCCUGUUUUAGGACUGUAUUAUUAAAUUAACUGCUAUAAAAGACUUUAUCUGCUGAACAAGGCUACUGACUUUUUCCCUGUGACAAUUGGUUCUUGCUUUGUCUCUGAAAGAACCUUCUCACAAAGGGAUUGCUCCUUUGCAACUACAUCCAGCCUACACAUGGAAGUAGACUUGGAGGAUGUUCCAGGACACCUUUGGUACUGGCUGAGUUUUCUGGGGACUGUCUCAUGUCUGUGUAAGCAAAAUGGGCCAUAAACUCAGUUUCCCAAGAAAGGGCAUGAGCAGGUAGGAAUCCUCUCUUGAAAGGCAUUCUGCACAUCCAGCAUAAUUCUGUGCUUCAAAGUAUUUUUAUUUUUUUAAUGGGUGAGCAAUAUGUUCUUGGCUUGUAGGCUGUGCCCUGUGUGCUGUUUAUGCAUGUAGCUUUACUACCAUGUUAAUGCACAGAGAGAAAGCAGCCAUGACAUUCCUCUUAUAAAAUCUUUGGCAUCUGAUUCAA